AAUCACAGACUUAAUCUAGGCUUCAGGAGGCGGGGCUUGUGAAAAUACGGGUACGGGAGGGGAAGGAAUAUCGCGGCUGGAGCGCUGGAGUUACUCGAGCACUCAGCGGCUACAGUCAUGGCUGAGCGCCGCGCAUUUGCCCAGAAAAUCAGCAGGACUGUAGCGGCUGAGGUCAGGAAGCAGAUUGCUGGUCAGUACGGAGGCUCACCUCAACUUCUCAAAAACCUCAGUGUGGGUGGAAAUGCAAUUAGCAAUGCUAUUCCUCUGACAGAGGCUAUAGAGCCAGUGGAUUUUGAAGAGUAUUUGAUCACGCACCCUCCCCUUAUAGAGUCAGGACCUCUGAGAGAUCUGAUCGAGUUUCCUCCAGAUGACAUUGAAGUGCUUUACACGCCAAGAGAGUGCCGAACUCUUGGCCAGGCUGUGCCCGAGGAGGGUGAGAAUGAUUCACACGUUAGAGACUGCACCCGGUCUUACACUGAGGACUGGGCCAUCGUUAACCGCAAGUACCACAAGUUGGGCACCGCAUUUAAUCCCAACACUUUGGAUAAGCAGAAGGAGAGGCAGAGAGGUUUACCCAAGCAGGUUUUUGAGUCUGACGAGUUGCCAGAUCACAGCAGCUAUCAAGAUGAUCAGGAUGAUCUGAAGCGAAGGUCCAUGUCGAUUGAUGACACUCCACGUGGCAGCUGGGCUUGCAGUAUAUUUGACCUGAAGAACUCUCAGCCUGAUGCUCUGCUGCCUCACCUUCUGGAUCGAGUGCCCAACGAAGAAAUCGACCACCACAAUGAGGACCAGCGCAAGUCAAACCGCCAUCGAGAGCUCUUCGCACUGCAUCCUGCUUUGGAUGAGGAUGAACCCAUUGAGCGUCACUGUGUGCCUGAUGUUCCAAAAGAACAUUUUGGUCAAAGGCUUCUUGUCAAGUGCUUGUCCUUGAAGUUUGAGAUAGAAAUUGAGCCAAUAUUUGCAAGUUUGGCCUUGUAUGAUAUCAAAGAAAAGAAAAGGAUAUCAGAGAACUUUUACUUCGAUUUGAACUCUGAGCAAACAAAGGCCAUGCUUCGACCGCACAUCCCAUCUGCUGCUAUCUCCACCCUGGCCCGCUCUGCUGUCUUUUCAAUCACCUACCCUUCACAAGACGUCUUCCUUGUUAUCAAGCUUGAGAAGGUGCUUCAGCAGGGAGACAUUGGAGAGUGUGCAGAGCCUUACAUGGUCUUUAAAGAGUCAGAUGCCAAAAAGAAUAAGGAAAAGCUUGAGAAGCUGCGCAGUCAGUCUGAACAGUUCUGUCAGCGACUAGGGCGUUAUCGGAUGCCCUUUGCCUGGACGGCCAUACACCUCAUGAAUAUAGUGAACAGUGCCGGCAGCCUAGAGAGAGACACAGAGCUGGAGACGGGGCUGUCAGAACGGAAAGGCUCUUGGUCUGAACGGAGGAACUCUAGUAUUGUGGGACGUCGUUCGCUGGAGAGAACCACCAGCGGAGAUGAAUCAUGCAGUUUGACCAGCUUCAGACCAGCUACCCUGACGGUCACCAACUUCUUCAAACAGGAAGGAGAUCGACUAAGUGAUGAAGAUCUCUACAAGUUCCUAGCUGACAUGAGACGGCCAUCCUCUGUGCUGCGUAGACUGAGGCCCAUUACAGCCCAGCUGAAGAUUGACAUCUCACCAGCCCCCGAGAAUCCUCACUAUUGCCUGACACCUGAUCUGCUCCAAGUGAAGCCUUACCCAGAUAGUCGAGUGCGGCCAACAAAAGAGAUCCUGGAAUUCCCUGCCAGGGACAUUUAUGUGCCCAACACCACUUACAGGAACCUGCUGUAUGUGAACCCACAGAGCCUGAACUUUGCUAACCGUCAAGGCUCAGCCCGUAACAUUACAGUGAAAGUACAGUUCAUGAAUGGGGAAGAUCCUAGUAAUGCUAUGCCUGUAAUCUUUGGAAAAUCCAGUUGUGCAGAGUAUUCAAAGGAGGCAUACACUGCUGUAGUCUAUCAUAAUCGAUCACCAGAUUUCCUUGAUGAAGUUAAAAUCAAGCUACCAGCCUCGCUGACCGACCAUCACCACAUCCUUUUUACUUUCUAUCAUGUCAGCUGUCAACAGAAACAGAACACUCCGCUGGAGACGCCUGUUGGAUACACGUGGAUUCCCAUGCUGCAAAAUGGACGCUUGAGAACAGGUCACUUCUGCCUUCCAGUAUCUCUGGAGAAACCGCCUCAGUCUUACUCUGUCCUCUCUCCUGAUGUUCCCCUUCCUGGGAUGAAAUGGGUGGAUAACCACAGAGGGGUGUUUAAUGUAGAGGUUGUGGCUGCAUCUACCAUCCACACACAGGACCAGUUUUUAGAUAAGUUCUUUGCACUGGUGCAUGCGCUGGAUGAGCACAUGUUCCCUGUGAGGAUAGGAGACAUGCGCAUUAUGGAGAAUAAUCUGGAGGCUGAGCUAAAGUCUAGUAUAGCAGCUCUAAAUUCCUCUCAGCUGGAGCCUGUGGUGCGCUUUCUCCACCUACUGCUGGACAAACUGGUGUUGCUGAUGGUGCGGCCACCUGUCAUUGCCGGCCAGAUAGUGAAUCUCGGUCAGGCUUCUUUUGAAGUGAUGGCAUCCAUAGUGAAUCGUCUACAUAAGUACUUGGACACUAGUCAAGAUAUGCAUGGGAGAAACAGCCUUCUCUCCUCAUAUAUCCACUAUGUCUUCCGCCUGCCCAACAUGGACCCCAACUCCCCCUCUCCAGGCCCAGGAGGAUUGGGCUGUUCAGUGCAUUAUGCCACCAUGGCUCGUUCUGCUGUUAGACCUGCAAGCCUCAACCUCAACCGCUCUCGUAGCCUCAGCAACAGCAACCCAGACAUCUCCGGCACUCCAACUUCCCCAGAUGAUGAAGUACGGUCCAUCAUUGGCAGCAAGGGCUUAGAUCGCUCCAACUCCUGGGUGCAUACAAUGGGGUGCAAAAGCGCCCCCUGGGGGACCAGCCCUGGCUCAUCAUCCGAUGCUAAGCAGGCCAUGGAGCGCAGUGGCAAUCGCAUGUCAUCGCACACUGAGAGCGCCAGUUUCUUGCAAACAUUAACAGGACGCUUGCCGACCAAAAAGCUUUUUCAUGAGGAGCUUGCCCUGCAGUGGGUGGUCAGCAGUGGCAGCGUGAGGGAGGGAGCCCUGCAACAGGCCUGGUUCUUCUUUGAGCUUAUGGUUAAGAGCAUCAUUCACCACUUAUACUUUACUGACCGCCUGCAGUCCCCUAGGAAGAACCGCUUCCCUGAGCGCUUCAUGGAUGACAUCACCGCUCUGGUUAGCACCAUUGCAGGUGACAUCGUCUCACGUUUCCAAAAGGAUCUUGAGUUGGUGGAAAGGCUCAACACCAGCUUAGCUUUUUUCCUCAAUGAUCUCCUGUCAGUCAUGGAUAGAGGCUUUGUCUUCUCUCUCAUCAAAACCUACUGGAAACAGGUGUCCACUAAGCUCUAUGCACUACAGAACCCCACUCUAGAGUCUCUGAGACUAGACUUCCUGAGGAUCGUCUGUAGCCAUGAACACUAUGUCACUCUAAACCUGCCCUUCAGUCUACUUACACCCCCAGCCUCCCCCUCUCCUUCAGUCUCCUCUGCCACGUCUCAGAGUUCUGGAUUCUCUACCCAUGUGCAGGACCAAAAGAUUGCCAACAUGUUUGAGCUGUCUGUGCCCUUCAGGGAGCAGCAUUACCUCGCUGGUCUGGUUCUGACAGAGCUGGCUGUAAUACUCGACCCUGAGGCUGAUGGGUCAGUACCCUGGAUGUUUGGUCUUCAUAAGAAGGUCAUCAGCGUGGUUCAUAAUAUGCUGUCCAGUCAUGACUCGGACCCACGUUAUGCUGACCCUGAGGUCAAAGCUAGAGUUGCACUGCUCUACCUACCUCUCAUAGGCAUUGUGAUGGAAACCCUUCCCCAGCUCCAUGAUUUCACCGAAUCCCAUAAUCAGUGGGGGCGUCCUGGUGGUCCAGGUACCGAGGAGCAGGAAGCUGAGGGCAACAGUAUGAUUAGCCAGACUGUUGCAAUGGCAAUUGCAGGGACCUCUGUGCCACAGAUGUCACGGCCUAGUAGUUUUCUGCUCAAUCCACAGGCCACCCGUCAGCAUGGCUCGUUCUCAGCUGAGUCCAGUCGUAGUCUGCUAAUCUGUCUGCUGUGGGUGCUGAAGAAUGCCGAUGAGAUGGUGCUUCAGAAAUGGUUCACUGACCUGUCUGUCUCGCAGCUCAAUCGCCUGUUGGACCUGCUCUACCUCUGUGUCUCCUGCUUUGAAUACAAGGCCCAUUUUUUGUUCAUGCAGGGCAAAAAAGCAUUUGAACGUAUGAACAGUCUAACCUUUAAGAAAUCCAAAGACAUGAAGGCCAAGUUGGAAGAAGCCAUCCUAGGCAGUAUUGGAGCCAGACAGGAGAUGGUGCGACGGAGCAAGGGGCAGCUUGAGAGAAGUCCAUCAGGCAGUGCUUUUGGCAGUCAAGAAAACCUGCGCUGGAGAAAAGACAUGACCCACUGGCGUCAGACUAGCGAAAAGAUGGACAAGGGCCAGAGAUCAGUCAGGACCAGGGCUGAGCUGGAGCAUGAAGCAAUUAUUGAUGGCAACCUGGCAACUGAAGCUAAUCUCAUCAUAUUGGAUACACUAGAAAUAAUAGUUCAGACCGUGUCAGUGACAGAGUCCAAAGAAAGCAUUCUGGGAGGGGUUCUGAAAGUCCUGCUACACAGCAUGGCAUGUAAUCAAAGUGCCCUAUAUUUGCAACACUGCUUCGCUACACAGAGAGCUCUCGUGUCAAAGUUUCCAGAGCUGCUGUUUGAGGAGGAGACCGAGCAGUGUGCUGACCUGUGCCUGCGGCUCCUGAGGAAUUGUAGCAGUAGCAUCAGCACCAUCAGAGCCCAUGCCAGCGCCUCCCUCUACCUCCUCAUGAGACAGAACUUUGAGAUUGGAAAUAACUUUGCACGAGUGAAAAUGCAGGUGACCAUGUCUCUUUCGUCUCUGGUGGGUACGUCCCAGAACUUCAAUGAGGAGUUUCUGCGGCGUUCGCUCAAGACCAUCCUCACAUAUGCAGAGGAGGACCUAGAGCUCAGAGAAACCACCUUUCCUGACCAGGUUCAAGAUCUGGUGUUUAACCUGCACAUGAUUCUUUCGGACACUGUAAAAAUGAAGGAACAUCAAGAAGAUCCAGAGAUGCUAAUUGAUCUGAUGUACAGGAUUGCUAAGGGUUACCAGACAUCCCCGGAUCUACGACUGACCUGGCUGCAGAAUAUGGCUGGGAAGCACUCAGAGAGGAAUAAUCAUGCAGAGGCAGCUCAAUGCUUGGUACACAGCGCCGCCCUGGUGGCCGAGUACCUCAGCAUGCUGGAGGACCGCAAGUACCUGCCUGUGGGCUGUGUCACCUUUCAGAACAUUUCCUCUAAUGUGCUGGAAGAAUCUGCUGUGUCAGAUGACGUGGUGUCACCAGACGAGGAGGGCAUCUGCUCUGGGAAGUACUUCACUGAGGCAGGCUUAGUUGGGUUGCUGGAACAGGCUGCAGCAUCCUUUUCUAUGGCUGGUAUGUACGAAGCAGUGAACGAAGUCUACAAGGUGCUCAUCCCUAUUCACGAGGCCAGCAGGGAUGCCAAGAAAUUAGCCACUAUUCAUGGUAAACUUCAGGAAGCCUUUGGCAAAAUUGUACACCAGAGCACAGGCUGGGAGCGGAUGUUUGGCACCUAUUUCAGAGUUGGAUUUUAUGGUUCUAAAUUUGGUGACCUGGAUGAGCAGGAGUUUGUCUACAAAGAGCCAGCCAUCACCAAGCUGGCAGAAAUCUCACAUCGGCUUGAGAGUUUCUAUGGUGAAAGGUUUGGCGAGGAACAAGUGGAAGUUAUUAAAGAUUCCAAUCCAGUUGACAAGUGUAAACUGGACCCAAAUAAGGCCUUCAUUCAGAUCACGUACGUUGAACCAUAUUUUGACACUUAUGAAAUGAAGGACCGCAUCACGUACUUCGAUAAGAACUACAACCUGCGCCGCUUCGUCUACUGCACGCCGUUCACACUCGACGGAAGAGCUCAUGGUGACCUGCACGAACAGUUUAAACGAAAGACCAUUCUCACUACCUCCCACGCUUUCCCCUACAUCAAGACCCGCAUCAACAUCAUCCAUAAAGAGGAGAUAAUUUCCAUGCCUAUUGAAGUAGCCAUUGAGGACAUGCAGAAGAAGACACAGGAGCUGGCUUUUGCCACUCAUCAAGACCCAUCUGAUGCCAAAAUGUUACAGAUGGUUCUGCAGGGGUCUGUUGGCACCACUGUUAACCAGGGCCCUCUUGAGGUGGCCCAGGUGUUUCUGUCUGAGAUUCCAAGUGACCCUAAACUCUACAGGCACCAUAAUAAACUGCGACUGUGCUUCAAAGACUUCACCAAGAGAUGUGAAGAUGCCCUUCGCAAAAAUAAAAGUCUGAUUGGUCCAGACCAGAAAGAGUAUCAGAGAGAGCUGGAGAGGAACUACCACAGACUGAAAGAAGCUCUGCAACCUCUCAUUAACAGGAAGAUCCCACAACUCUACAAACCUGUAUUACAGGUGAACUCACACAGAGACUCUUUUAGCAGAAUGAGCCUUCGCAAGCUAGACGUGUGAAGAUUGAAGAAAUAAAAAGAACAAAUGCAAUUUUAUUUAUUUGUAUAUAUCAAUCCUCCUAACAAUAUCAGUGUUUCUGCCAUAAAGUAAAAAGAGAUAAGUGUUAAGACGUUGGUUCAUCAUCCCAAUUUUGUAUUAGUUUACACAAUGGCCUGUUACAUGAUCAUAAGAACUGAUGAUGAAUUUAGCAUACAAUGUGUCAAAACCUGUAUUCUCUUACCAUGUGCACUUUUUUUUAAAUUUAAUUUUUUCUUUUUUUACUUCAUCCUAGUGCAUUUUUAAUAGUUACGGUACAACUACGGUACGGAGUUUAUUUAAUCCUUACAGAAAAAGCAAAAAAGGUGAUGAUUUUUUUUCAGCAUUAUGUAGUUUUAUGUGCCUUUUGUUUACUUUAAAUAUUUUACUAAAUAAAUACUCUAAUAGCCAUUCCAGUGUGUUGUUAAAGAAACUGCACCAAAAGACUUAUUUUUAUAUGUUGGUAUUUUAAUGUGGCAAAUAAGAAUCUACAUAACCAGGUAAUAGAAAAAUAUUAACAUUUUCCCUGCCUCCUCAAAUAUACAACAGAAUGUAAGA